AUGAUGGUGACUCCGGCGAAAAAAGAAGACGAUCCCAGAAGCUGUAGGCAACUGCAACUGGUCCCUGCUUCACGCUUUGGACUCCCAGAUGGUUGGUCCGUUGAGGAAAGGCCCCGUCGCUCCAGCCAAACAGUUGACAAGUAUUACAUUGAGCUUCACACAGGACUGAAGUUCCGUUCACUGGCAGCUGUCCACAGAUACCUAACAGAUGGGAAAAUUGAUAUACGUAGCACAAUAGAAAAAUCAGGCAGUCAAUGCACAAUCCAACCCUUCAGGAGAAGUUCCUUCACUCUACCAGAUGGUUGGGAAAUUGAGGAAAAGCCACGAAAGAAUACUAAUUCAAGUCACUCUGACAAGUAUUAUAUUGAGCCAGGGACUGGAAGGCGCUUUCGUUCUUUGAUAUCUGUUGAGAGAUAUCUAACAGAAGAAAAUGAAGACACUCCACUUCAGGCAUUGAUACCUGCCAAUAAGUCCAUUCUUUCAAGUGGUUCUGGCAGUCAGAAGAAGAAAGUCAGGUCCCUGGAAUUAAUUUCUAAGCACUCACCAUUUUUGAAUGAAUGUUAUAAUAGCACACUCGAUGCAGUGGAACUCAACACUUGCGUAACACCUGCUAAGCAUCCUAGUUCUCCGAAGAAAAUUAUUUGUGGAGAUUCCAGUAGACCCUCAGAGCUCACUAAUGGCAGGAUUGGCAGCCCACCAAGAAAAGUUAAAUGGGUCCUCGCCGGUCCUGGGGGGAAUAUGUGGAACCCCUUCAUGGACGACUCUAGUAUCGCUGAUUCUGUAAAGCUAAAGUGGUCUGAGAUUUUCAAAUCAUCAAUCUGUGACGAAACUGCAAAGGCACCAAGGUCUUGA